GGUACCAAGAGUCUCUAUUCUUUUUAAUGGGGUUGGGGACAUUGGUAAGGAUAAACAACUUCGUCGCUUUAUGAAAGUUUUACAGAGGCACCGGCUCGACCCGAGCCGUCCGUCAUCUUGAUAAUCUUCUAUCCAGACUCCACCCGCCACCCGGUGUAGCCGGAAAUCUGUACGCCGUUAAAAAAAUGGCGGCCAAAGCGGCCGCGAAUGCGAUAACUUACCGGAGCGUGGCCUCCUCGAUGCCGGCAAUUUCUGGCGGGAGAUGCCGUUCCUCCAGGACUUGGAAUUCGGUUCGCCUGCCCAGAAAUCGCUGUUGCUCCUCUCUGCGAAACAAUCCCGCCGACGUCGACGGCAGCAACAGCGCGGCGGUUGUAGUCGCGAAGGACGACAAGUACGGCAGCAAACAGAUCAUCAGCCUCACUGCUCGCCUCUACGAUUACAUCCUCUCCAACGUCCGGGAACCGGAGAUCAUGCGGCAACUUCGUGAAGAGACAGCCGCCAUGCGAGGGAGUCAGAUGCAGGUAUCUCCCGAUCAGGCGCAGCUGCUGGCGAUGCUGGUUCAGCUGAUUGGCGCCCAAAGAUGCAUUGAAGUAGGCGUCUACACUGGAUAUUCAUCGCUGGCUGUUGCUCUGGUGUUACCUGAAUCAGGCUGUUUGGUUGCCUGUGAAAGGGAUUCAAAAUCUCUUGAGGUUGCUAAAAGGUUCUAUGAAAAGGCUGGCGUCGCCCACAAGGUGAUUGUGAAGCAUGGAAUGGCAGCAGAUAUUCUGAGGUCUCUGAUUCUCAAUGGCGAAGCCGGCUGUUAUGAUUUUGCAUUCAUUGACGCGGAGAAGAGAAUGAACCACGAGUAUUUUGAACUGCUGCUACAACUGGUAAGGGUUGAUGGUGUCAUUGUGAUUGACAAUGUCCUUUGGCAUGGAAAAGUUGCUGAUCCCUUGGUUAGUGAUGCCAAGACUGAGAGCAUCAGAAACUUCAACCGAAGGAUUAUGGAGGAUGAGCGAGUAAGCAUCAGCAUGGUACCAAUUGGCGAUGGCAUGACAAUAUGCAAGAAAAGGUUGAUGAAGAUGAACAUGGACGACAUCCCUCAGAGUCUACACGUAAUUUAAUCGAUGUAAUCGAUAUACAGUUUCUGGAGGGACAUAUGCCCAAGCAACUUAGCUAAUACAUUGAUCCAGAAGUCUGUGGAGGAUGACGGCUUAUAUGGAAGGUUCAGUAACGAGCUAAGUUCCUUUCUGUGACUAAACUAAAAACCGAUCAUUGAUCGCAGCUCUGGUUUUGGCCUGCUGCACCGUACUUCCCUUGCUUAUCAGGAAACCAGCAAUUUUGUUUGCUCUUUCUUCUGUUUCAGCAUAAGGUUCAUAUAUAUGUCAUUGUAAUGAAAAUGUAACGUCAUGACUGGAAAUCACUUUCCAAAUAUAUGAA